ACUCUGGAAGGUGAACUUUUGACCUUUGACGCCCUAAACAUUAGACAUCUGUUACAUUUACAGUGUAGAUCAGGCCCUUUCACGGAGCCGUGCCAGAUAUAUACCGUGGUAUGGUACGACUCCCUGCCGAGUCCCGGGUGUAGAUCUAUUUAUAGGAGGAUUCCCUUGCCCUUGUAACAAACAACGGACUCUGGACGGUGAACUUUUGACCUUUGAGGCCCUAGCGGUUUUAUGCAGCAGUUAUGCUGAAGGAUCAACUAAAUUAUGCUUGGCAAUGCUAUUUUUCAGAAAGCCGUGAUUAUGCUCAAAAUUAUGCCGGCAUUAUCCGCCGAUGACUACUCUUGGUAGAACACUAGGGAUGGAAGACUUCUGUUGUAAAUAGUCAAUUUCGCGCUUCAGUCCUCCUCUUUUCAUUUGAGUAACGUCCAAGAGGGAGCUAGAAACGUUCACCCCGAGAUGGUAUCUGCAGACUUUCGAACAAGGGCUCGUGUGCGUGUGCAAGCUAGAAACAUGGAGGUCGUGCUACUUCUUUCACUCUGUAUUACAGCUGUAUAUGCUUCCGGCGGCUCCCCUCGAAAACUAUGGAAUUACAACCCUGAUUCGCCUUUGGGUCCUGCUGGCUGGGGCAACAUUUCUGGCUUUGAGACGUGCGGCAAUGGAACAGACCAGUCACCAAUCAACAUCCCAAAAGCCAGCGCAGUAUAUAUGACCUACCCCGCACUCAAUGUUACGAGCACACCAUCUAAUGCAAGCUUUUAUUUCUCCACCAAUGAGCCAACUGUGAGAGCGGACCCUACACUCCUAACAAAAGUGAACAUCACUGGUGGCCCACUAGGCUCGGAGCAAUACCGUAUCGAUAAUUUCCACAUCCAUUUUGGAAACUCUACGUUCAUGUCAUCCGAGCAUUCAGUAGAUGGUUCAAGAACAGCUGGUGAGCUCCACGUCGUAUUUUUCAAUUCCAGAUACUCGUCUUUAAAAAGAGCUUUGGCCAGUGGAGACGGUGACGCAGAGGCCGUCAUUAGCAUUCUGUUCAAUGUUGCAUCAAACGCUUCCAGUGCACACCCAGGCCUGGAGACGAUUUUACGCCAUUUCUCCACCUUGAAAGAUUCGGCCUUCGGUGGUAUACGCUCCAUCGACUUCGCCACACUGCUGAGGCCUUCGGACCUCACAUCAUUCUACACAUACAAGGGAUCACAGGCUACGCCAGGGUGUAAUGAGCAGGUUAUAUGGAUGGUCAUGAGCCAAGUACAGUAUGUCCUACCAGCAUCGCUCAAUUCUCUAUCAAGCGGCCUAAAUCCUGUGUCUGGGUUACCAAGUGCUUUCAUCUUUGGUGAUAAUGCUCGUCCGCUGCAAUCACUCAAUGAUCGAACGAUCUACCAAAACUUUCCGAUGACCCCUGGUCCCCCCACAGUCGCCACGUCCACAGUCGCUCCACAAAUGACCCCUGGUCCCCCCACAGUCGCCACGUUUUCAGCUUCAGGACCUACGAUUGUCAACAAUGAAACCACGUCUUCAGCUUCAGGACCUACGAUUGUCAACAAUGAAACCACGUCUUCAGCUUCAGGACCUACGAUUGUCAACAAUGAAACCACGUCUUCAGCUUCAGGACCUACGAUUGUCAACAAGGAAAACACGUCUUCAGCUUCAGGACCUACGAUUGUGUCUCUUGUCGCCCUCUUUCUCUCCGUCCUGGCCAUCUAUGCCAACCUGUUGUGAUCACCUACACACACACAUCUUUUAUCCUCCCGAUGUUAGUAGCAAGUACUCUCGUUAGCAGUAACUGUUAGUACUUUCUUUGUUUUUGUUUUUUAUUUUAUUUUAUUUUCUCUAUUUAUUCUCUUUACCAGGCGUGGGCCAUCCCCUGGACUAACAAAAUGGGUGCCUUAUUAUUAUUUUUCUGUUUCUGUUUUAAUGACAGUCCACUGCACGUCUGAAAAAAGUACUUAGUUUAUUUUAAUUUAGUUUAGGCGGGUUACAGAACUAUCGACGUAUCGUUCGCUGCCUUACUUGUAGUUUGAUAACGCUUCGCUCUUCAUUGAGAUAUCCACCAUUCUCUCUCUUUUCUCCUUAUUUUCUUCCCUGUAUAAACAUAAUAACAUAUUCGCUGCCUUGUCCUUGAGCAUUUGUGCUCGUUUGGAUUUGCGAAUUCAAAUAAAGUAUACAAACAAACAAGUAAACAUAUAACUUGAAAA